CCCAGAUUCACUUUACUUCACGCAUUGUUAUAACUAGAAAUCAACUUCUGGAAAGACUCCAUAAUCUAUAUUUAUAUGUUUAUAUGUAUCUGUAUGCAGGAAUUGACAUGCAGCCUGCGCUAGCGACGUCCGAUUGUUCCACGAGGUCGGCUCCAGCGCUAAGGAUCAUUAGGCCGUCGCCGACGAUGGAGAGAAAAGCCAUGGUGGGGAACAUCGUGAGAAGACUUCUCGCCGCUCUUCUUCUUCUUCUUCUUUCACUUUUGCUUCUGCUUCUACUACUACUGCUACAGCUUCAGUCUUCUCUGCUACAGCUUCUGCCAUGAGUGUUCCAUCCACGCAGGCAUCCAAUGCCAUCAUCUACACCACCUAUGCACUCUUUCUGUAAGUUGCGACGGAGGUGGUCCGCAACACUGGACACAAGACUGACUG